AUGCGCGCUACCGAAAUCAUCGCCGGCGCCGCCGCCCUCCUCGCUUCCGGUGUAUCCGCCGAAGCCUACCUCGGUUUCAACUCGGGCAACACGCUCGCCGACCGCUCAGCCAAGUUCAAGAAGGACUGGGUGCAAGAGUUCACCACCGCCCAAAACCUCAAGAACGCCCCCGGCACCUUCAACGCCGUGCGCCUGUACACCAACAUCCAGGCCUACUCCCAAACUUCGGAGCCGAUCGAGGCCUUCGAGGCCGCCAUCGAGACCAACACCAAGAUCCUUUUGGGUGUCUGGGCCUCGGGCACCGACACCAUCGAGCCCGAGAUCAAGGCGCUCCAGACGGCCAUCAGCACGUACGGCAAGAAGCUGACGGACCUGAUCAUCGGCGCCUCGAUUGGUUCCGAGGAUCUGUACCGUGUUUCCGUCACGGGCAUCCAGAACAAGUCGGGCGUCGGUGCCGGCCCCUCCGAGAUCGUCAAGUUCAUCGGCGACUGGAAGAAGGCGUUCCAGGGCACCGCCAUCGCCAACGUGCCCAUCGGCCACGUCGACACGUGGGACGUGUGGGUGAACGGCACCAACAAGCCCGUCAUCGACGCGGUCGACUGGGUCGGCGUCGACGAGUACCCGUACUACGAGAACGGCAAGGGCAACAACAUUGAGAACUCGGGCUACCUGUUCGACCGCGCCUUUGACGCCAUCGGGUCCGCCGUCGGCGACAAGCCCGUCUGGGUCACCGAGACGGGCUGGCCCUACGUCGGCCAGACGUGGGACCAGGCCGAGGCUACCGUCAAGAACCAGCAGUUCUACUGGCAGGAGGUCGGCUGCCGCAAGCUGUUUGGCAAGGUCCCCACUUUCUGGUACAACCUCCGUGACUCGAACCCGGACAACGAGAUGAAGUUCGCUAUCACCGACAACCUCUCCACCACUCCCCACUUCGACCUCACCUGCCCUUCCACCUUCAAGACCACCCCCAAGGCCUCCAGCUCCGGUGCCAAGUCUACCUCUACUGCUACCGGCACUGGUGUCUCGGCUCCUUCUAGCUCUGCUUCCGGCUCUUCUUCUCCCGAAGCCGAGAAGUCUGGCUCUACUUCCAGUCCUAGCUCUUCUGAGCCCGUCACCGCUACUGUCCCUGCUGAGAGCUCGGUCGCUACUGGCUCUGCUACCUCCGUCAAGGGCGUGUCGGCUGCUGCUGUUGCUGGCAUGACCCUUCUCGUUGGUGUCUUUGCUAUGCUUUAA